UGGACUUCCCUCCGCGCCGGACCGUGGAUCAGGACAUGCAGAAACUUUUUCGCCAGGAGUUUCACCGUGUGGCUGCACGCAAGGGUGUGAGGUACUACUCUAUUGCAGAGUUCUUUCCUCUCAGCCAGCGUGACCUGUGGAGUUGGGAUGGUGUGCACCUGAGUGAUGGAUCUGGGAUGAGGACGCUGGUGACAUUGCUAUGCGACAAAUGCAGUCAGGAGCUAGCGAUGGCUCUUGCACAGGAGGAGUCGCGUAGCAUGUUGCCAGCUGUCCCUGCUCCUGCUCCUCGUCUGGCUCCGAGGUUGGUUGUGGUUGGAGAGGCAUGCUCUCCACGUCCGUUGCACAACCCAUUGGAUUGGAAGGUGGUUGAACCACGCAGGACGGGGAGCAGCUCGCCCCCUAAGGGAGUGAAGGUUCAGCUCAGGGAUUGUUCCAUCCCUCUCACUCCUGUCUGGUUCAGCCCACCAAUGCUGGAGAUGAUGGACAGUGUCCGUCCAGGCAAUCUUGAUCAGAAGGAGCCCAGUACUUCUGCCAAGGGACCAACGGGGGUCAAGCGUCCUAGGAGCCCUUCUGCUCCAAAGAAGAGCUGUGGAAAUCAGAAGGUGAAGGUGGAGGAGUGGCCUGAACUUCCCAAGGAUGUUUCAGUGGAGGUGGGGGAUUGGCCUGGAGUGCCCAAGGCUGUGGCGGAGGUCCCUGUGGAGCGUCCCCGCAGACGCAUUGUCUUCAAGAAGAGGCGUACUUCUCAGCAGGGUGCAGCUGCAGAUGUUGUGGAGGUGAUGAGUGGACCAUCACCUGUGACCAUUGAAGACUAUCCCCCUCUGCACAGCUCCCCAGACCUCAUCCAAAGUAAGGUCGCUGCGAAUGUUUAUACUUUGCCGGUAACGUUUGAUGCUGGGUCUGUUAGUUCAUGUGAAGAGGAGAUCAUAGUGGUCUCUGAUACAGACAGUGAGGGUUCCAUUUCUUUUGGGUGGACUGAUACUUUGCCAUUACCGGAAGGUUCAGGGUCUGUUGGGGCAGGUGUAGAUGAGGGCACAGUGAUCUCUGAUACAGACAGAUUCAGAGGGACACAGAAGUUGUUUGAGAUUGCUGGUGUUCGUGUCACUGUGAAAGUAGAUGGUGGUGCGAGCCAGUCAUCUUCAGGGAAGAUUGGUGCAAAGCGCAAGGCUACUACAAUGCCUACUC